AUGAAUGAAAUUAAUAAGACUUUGCUACAGUUACUUAGCAUGUUGCAAACUGCUGAAAGUAGCAUGAAAAGGGUUGGACCUAAGCCUAUUCUGAUGGUUCGUAAGGAUAAAAAUAAGGGAAAACUUAAUGCUAGGGCAAAGCCUAAGAACAAUGGCAAGGUUAAAUCUAGCAAAGGAAAUAUUGUAUUUAAACUUAAAGGAGGAAUUGCUGAGGAAGGAAAAUGUUUCCAUUGCGGUAAGGCCAGAUAUUGGAAGAGGAAUUGCCCUCCCUAUCUUGAAGAGGUUAAGAAGGCAAAGGAAAAUAGAGCGUCCACAGUUGGAAGAGGAAUUGUCGUACCUAUCUUGAAGAAGUCAACGUUUACUUCUUGGGUAUUAAAUAACAGUUGUGGUUAUCACAUUUGUGCCUCUGUACAUGGACUGCAAAGGAGUAGGAAUCUGGCUAAAGGAGAUGAGGACAUAUAA